CUGAAAAGUACAGUAGAGACGAUCAGUACUAACUCCCAGUAGAUAGAUCGCAUGUUUGCAACAAAAGCACGCCGUGAUGACAUCAAAGUCGUAUCAAUCUCCAAAAAUAAUGUUGGUCAUUGGCGCCUGAUUCGUUCCAUCACCAUCAUUUGCAUUGGAACAGCGAAGGGAUAAUCAGGGCACCUUACGAUUUUUUCAGUUUGCAAUCACGGAUUGAUAUCUCGUCCAACGUGUUUUGUUAGAAGAUCAUGGUCUGAAUGUCUCUUCUCUUCCGACUUGUCUUUGAAUGAAAGAUGUUGAGGUUGGCUUUCGUCGUUAGUUUGGCACUUGCCUAUUUCGGAGUUUCGCAAUCCGCGAAGCCUGCACCGCUGCCAACGCCGAUUCAGCGCGCAUCGGAAGCGUUGGAAGGUUUGAUGACCUACUACCUGCAGAUCGAACGGCACGGUGAGCCGGAGCCUCGCCCGUCCAAAUGUCCAUGUUUCACGUGCGAGGGCAAGAACUGCAGUGUCCCGGUCUGUACGUAUUGCGAUGCUCAGCCGGAAGGUUGCCCUACCAAAAAGAGCAAAGGAUGUUACACGAGCGCGAAGUACGCGUGUGCGUGUAACGACCCACCCGGCACACCACCACCCGGGGCCUACUCUGCCGCUCAGUUCUACUUUUCGUGUGGACAGAUGGGUGGCUUGGCCCCGUAUGGGCAGACCACGAGUGUCUACACGUGUCUGUGCGAGUCGGACUGGCCGUAUGAUUGCACCAACUGUUAUCGUUGGUGGUCGGCUGUUGCAUUGGAGGCAUCCAUCAACUUCUGCAUGGCCAAGGGUCUGACACCGAGCGCCACAGGCAUUUGCUCGCAGGUACACAAAACGGCUGAGUCCAUGUGGACACACUCGCCCUACAAUGGCUACUGGGACGUGAAGCGCAAGGAUGUGUACGUGGACGACUUCUCAUGGUAUGCGCUUGCCUACUUGAAAGUCUAUGACUGGACCGGGGACGAGGUCUGGAUGAACCGCUCGAUUGCACUGCAUGACUGGGCGUACAAAAAUGGCUGGGACCACAACAUGAGAGUGGACGUCAAUCAAUCGUGUGGUGGAUUCUGGUGGAAUACAGAAGACUCCCUUCACUACAAGGACAGUAUCACUAUCGUGGAAAUGCUGCACACUGCCGCAAAGCUUGCCCUUGUUUCCAAAACCCCAGCCGAGCAUAGCCGAUUUCUUGCCAGCGCAGAGGAGAUCUGGAAUUGGCUGUUUGAAUUCGACAAUGGCCGUGGAUUGUUGGCGGAGAACGGUAUAAUGAGCACUGGAGCUGUUCCCCAGUAUUGUUGCCAUGCGUUGUCAGCGGCUAGAGAGAAGAAUAUGACAUAUCCGCGUGUUGAAUGUGCCAAUAGUCGAGUAGCAGGUAUGUCUUACAACCAUGGUAUACUCAUGAGCAGCGCUGCACUACUAUACAACAUUACAGCUGAUAAGAACUAUCUACAAACAGCUAUCAGUCUACUGGAGUCUGCUCUGGUGAAUCUCACGGACGUCACAGGAGCUAUGGUAGAUGUGCAGAGAGGAUCCAGGGCUUCGGCGUACGGCUGUGGAGAGGGUGAUCCUGGAAGUGAUUUCUUCAGCUUCAAGGGUAUAUUUGUAAUGUACCUCGGUUACACUGUCCAGACACUGACGGAUUCCAAUGUACUGCCAGCUCCUUUAGCCUCUACUGUGCGCGACUUCCUGGACAUCAACAGCGAGAACGCCUGGGAACAAGCCAGGGUGAAGCCGCCAUUCAAGAAGAAGAGGAUUGACGACAUCUGCGCUCUCUACCCCUAUCAGCCAAGUAAGCACUCCAACGUGACUCAGCCGAAAUUCCACUGGUGGUGGUCGCAAGGCAACGGUUCCGUACAAACACCUCCGGACACACGGCUUUGGUUUACAAACGAGGGUAUUGACUGCAGCUACGCCAUGCACCACAACACCAGCAACAGUUCCAAACCCGCUUGGAGCGCGUACUUGUGGACUGGCAUGACCAAGUCCGAGGCACAGUGUCGCGAUCGCUGUGCAAACACCAGCGAAUGCACAAAGUACAUGUUUCACGAGCCAUCACAGAGCGAUUGCCCGUGUUUCACGUGUCAGGGCAAGGCAUGUCACCAGCCACUCUGUGUGUACUGUGGUGUUGCCGGCAAGAAGUCUUGUCCUCACAAGAACUCUACAGGCUGUUAUACCAGUGCAUCGGAUGCAUGCACAUGUACGGGCACACAGCCUUUCCCGAAUAGUAACUGCUUCCUGUACCGGCUGACUACGGUUGGCAAUCGUACCAAAAUGGCAGCGUGUACGACGCCUGGUGAUAACACCUAUAAGAUGGCAGUGAAGCGACCGUCACCACCAAAUGUUCUUAACCCAGCAGCAAGCUGUCGUGGGCGUUGUGGCAACACAAGUUCCACGGUCAGAAACGGCACACACCUAUUGAACAUAUCGUGUCAGUGUGAUGCAGCGUGUUCUCGACAUCUAGACUGCUGUUUGGAUUACGUGGAGGAGUGCUUGCCGCCGGAAAAGCAAGACGCUACGUGCCGUGGAAUGUGCCGAUACCAUAAACGCAAACCGAGCGCGCUGGACAACCAAGCUAUUCCAUUACGCGGUGGCGGGUACUGCUACUGUGACGGAACCUGUCUCAACUGGUUCACGGACAACAAUAGUCUUGGAAGCUGCUGCGCAGACUACUUUGAACAGUGUGCUGAAACAGUGCGCGAUCCUGUAUGCCUGGAUCCACGUAGUCAAACGCAAGCACUCCAACUGUUCGUCUCGCAUCACGUUGUGCAGAACAUCACGAACAAUCUGUAGGAACAUUGGCGUAACAUUAACUCGAUUGACUGGACAAGUCAGUUUUUAUAGCCUUUGCACACUCACUUUGCUGAAUAAUCCAAUAUAUUCGAGUCCCAGUGCAGUUUACUGGAUGGUAUAGUUUAUUAACCAUUAGUUACCAGAGUUCCCCAGAUUGAACAGGCAUGGCUUCCUUCUUGUGUAACUUCAAAAUAUGCACUGUGUGACAAAUCAAGAUGUCGUAACGAAUAUCCUUUGAACUGUUUAUUGCUUGACCCAGACUCUGUCCAUUUUGUUUUCCCUCUCAAUCCUGUCUAACUUCAUCUAUACUGAGACCGGCAUGAUAACAAAGGUGCCGUUGAGAUCAGCAUGAUCGCGAUGCACUGUAACUGAGUGUCUGCAUGCACCAAGAAAGGCCUGCCCUGGGAUUUAAUAAGGCAUUGAGCACAGUCGGAUCUGUGCAUGAAUGCUAUGCAUGCUUCUGGUGAUUCUUGUUUCUAGCUGACAAUGUUACAGUCCAUUUCAAAAAUAUAGACGCAUGGUAUUUUUGAAAUAUUUCAAAUUUGGCUGGAGCUUUUUGAGAAUGUUUUUCAGAAUAUUGCUCAGGUCCUUUCCGCAAACACUCUCAUAUAGAUUUUUAAGCGAUCGGAUAGCAAACGCCCAAUUUCGAAAUUUGCUUGCACAAAGUGAUCACAGAUUUUAUGUGGUAUAGAUGCUGGCCUACGGUUUUUUGAAAUCACGCGUCUAUAUUUUUGAAACGCACUGUAGGUGUGGUGAUAAUGACUGUGAACACAAUACAGUGUGUAUGUAGCUGAUGGUUACAUGCACG